AAUACAGUUUGUAGGUCCCACUGUGGCCUCUCCUAUCUGUUCUUAAAAUAUUCGGUACCAUUACUGCUCUUAGGAUUAUUGGAUCCUACAGAAACAAAGCAAACAAUGCUUGUUCUAGUGGGAACUAGUUCUACCUCUAACUAAAGCAAAAUUCCCAAGCUCGCUUCUAUAAGUACCACUUAGUGGGUUCAGUUAUUUCAUUUAUCAACCUCAUUACCAAAUUUCUUGUUUGCCUUCUUGAUAGCCCUUAAUAGACUUUCAGGUGCAUUGACUUUUCACUGGGCUGUGAAUAGCUUUUAACGUUUGUUCUUGCCAGGGAUGGCUCCAGCUCUCAUUCCAAAUGCCCUGGGUGAUUUUCCCAAGUAGAUUAGAUGCUAUGCUUGUAUGGAGCUGAGAUUUAAUAACAAGGAAGACUUGAAAUGUCCCGAUGACAUCAUCAGCGUGUUUACAAUGUCUGCACAUUAAACCUGCAGUCCCCAUUUUAGCCAAAUAGUUUGGUUGGUGGCAUUUGUUGCUCCCCCUGAAUGUAUUUCUAAGUACUUUCAUAGAAAAAUGAAGAAGUCUGAGGAAACCCAACAGAGAUAUUGAGAAAUUGUGGUUCUAUAAAAAUGCCUCAAGUUUAAAAUCUGCAUGAAGUCACAUGACUGUGCACCACUUGUCCUGGUCACCAGGCCCUGUGCUCUCAGGCUGCAGCCAUAAGUGGAAGUCAGCAUGUUUUCCCCGAAACCUUGAGUUCUUCCUGCCCUAGAGGAAGCAGGGACGUCUUAGUUUCCCCUUCAAGAAUGUGAGCUUGAGUGUAGAUCAAAAGGCUCCCUUCUGGAUCUAAAAAUCCUAUUAUUUCAGUAUUAGAAAAGAUCAUGAAACUUAACAAAAGACAUAUUCAAAUACUGAAGAACACCACUUUCUCCUAAUCUAAACUAAUAAAACUAUUGAAGAGGGGCUUAUUAUUGCUAAUGAAAAAAAAAAAGUAGCAAAGUACACCUUGAAAUUCAGAUUAGGAAGCAGCAGUAACCUUCCUUUUGUACCUGUGAGUGCUUACAACUCAACUGCUAGGCAUGUAAUUGUUAGUUUUAUUUCCAUGUCUUUAGAUUUCUAUACUGUAUGACAUUAGAUAUUCAUAGAAAACUACAACCUUUAAAAAUAGAGCUUCCCCAUCCGUGUGACCAUAAUUUAUUCAACUCUUUGACUCUGCAAUUUAAAUACUGGAGGCUAUUUAAACUUUGCUUAAUAUGAACUUUUCUCCUUUUUUUUUUUUUUUCCCAAACAAGAACUUCCAGAUGCUGAAAUUCCAAAUAUAUACUGUGGCAAAACUGAUUUAACCUCUAAGGCAGCCCAUCAGAUUUGUUACAUGAGUUCUUAAGCAAGAACUAUCUCUCUGGAUCCAUGACAGGUUUGACCCAUGGCCUGCCUUGAACAGCGUAUUGUCCGAUAGAAGCUUCCAUUGGCAAACCAUCUCUGUUGCCUUACAGAGCAAGCAAAGAAGAUGGAUGGACUGAAGAGCCAUCUGCCUGUGUGCUUUCUACCUUCUGUGCCCUUUUUAAUCCUAGUAUCCUCUCUAGCAACUGCUAAGAGUGUAACGAACAGCACUUUAAAUAGCACGGACAUGGCCCUGGGCUCUGCGCCCACAAUCAUUGCCAGAACUGACCAUAUCAUAGUCAAGGAAGGGAACAGUGCCUUGAUUAACUGUAGUGUUUAUGGCAUCCCUGACCCACAAUUCAAGUGGUUUAAUUCCAUUGGCAAGCUGCUGAAAGAGGAGGAGGAAGAGGAACAAGGAGAAGGAAAAUGGCAGAUGCAUGCCAGCGGCCUCCUGAACAUUACCACAGUGUCUUUCUCAGACCGAGGUAAAUACACGUGCGUGGCUUCUAACGCCUAUGGCAGCGUGAACAACACGGUGACCCUGCGCGUCAUCUUCACCUCGGGAGACAUGGGCGUCUACUACAUGGUGGUCUGCCUCGUGGCCUUCACCGUGGUCAUGGUCCUCAACAUCACACGCCUGUGCAUGAUGAGCAGCCACCUGAAGAAGACUGAGAAAGCCAUCAACGAGUUCUUUAGGACAGAAGGCGCCGAGAAGCUGCAAAAGGCCUUUGAGAUCGCCAAGCGCAUCCCCAUCAUCACCUCAGCCAAAACUCUAGAGCUUGCCAAAGUCACUCAGUUCAAAACCAUGGAGUUUGCCCGCUAUAUCGAAGAGCUUGCCCGGAGCGUGCCGCUGCCGCCCCUCAUUAUGAACUGUAGGACCAUCAUGGAGGAGAUCAUGGAGGUGGUGGGGCUGGAGGAGCAGGGCCAGAACUUUGUGCGGCACACGCCGGAAGGCCAGGAGGCCACCGACCGGGACGAGGUUUACACCAUCCCCAAUUCCCUGCAGCGCAGUGACUCCCCCACCGCUGACUCCGACACCUCGUCGCUGCACGAACAGCCGCAACAGAUUGCCAUCAAGGUGUCCGUUCACCCCCAGGCCAAAAAGGAGAACGUGGACGACCAGGCGGCUGUUCAACCUGAAGUCAAAGAUGGAGAGGACACAGAACCCUCUGCUGAGCAGUCCCACGACUCUGGGGAGCCCUCCACCGACGUGACAUCCACCGAGCUGACGUCUGAAGAGCCCACACCGGUGGAGGGGUCAGCGAGAGACCUGCCGCCCACCCCCCUGGAAACUCCAGACCCGGCGGUGGCCCCGGACAAAAACACCUGCAUUACUUAUGAAAGCCAUGUCUAAUAUCGACUCCGAAAAGCUAUGCAUAUCAAGAAAAUCAGGGGCUGCUCCUUGUAGUACCGAUGUAGUCCGCACUUGCCGCUAAGCCUUACCAGGAGACGCUCAUCCCUUAGGCUGGAGUGAUGCCAUCCUAAGAGGGGAAACACCGCCUGCAGUGUAUGUGACUGGAAGGUUCCCAGUAGAGAAGGAGGCAGCAACAGCAGGGUGCAGAAUCGAUAAGAAAGGACAGAAGGUGUCUGUCCAGGUGAUACGAAUUUUAGAGGCUAUUCUCUGCCAAAUACCUUAAUUGGUGAUGCCCUUUUGGCAAAGAAUACACCACUGUAAGACAUUCUGAGCCCACGAGCCCUGUCCAAUGCACACUGCAUUGCUUUUCCUUUUAACAAUUAUAGGUCCACUGAAAUAGCAAAUGCACGUACAUGGGUUUAUUGCACUUUCUUCUCACUUUUUAUUACUUGUCACUGUUCUUUUACAAUGGAGUAUGUUUGAAUUAAUACUAAUUGCUCUUUCUGGUUUAGUCCUCUUUGCUACUUUGUCCUUAUUUUCCCCUAGAACAUUUACCUCUCAGGCUUUGGUAUCAGCCACCCAUACCAUGGCUGACAUCUACAAGUCAUUUGUGAUGUUCCAGAGUAGUUAAUAGACUCAUUAUUUUUUCACUUCCCAAACCUACUUUCCUACACUGCUUUUGUUGUUUCCAAUAAAGCUGCUAUUGUGAAAUUGAGAAAAAUUUUGCCCAGGAAUAGCACUUUAAUAGCCAAAUAAAAAUGUGUUUACCUGUCUGAUUCUGGGAACCUUUUGGUGAGCUCAGCCAAGGUAUGGAGGGAGAUUGUAAAAGGCUGAAUAAGCCCUUCCCUAUGAAAACUUGUUUACGUUUGAGUAACAUCACCCUCCAAAGAAUGUUGCUCUAUCUGGAAAACCAUAGCUUCCAAAGAAAGAAGCAUCUGAUGAAUUCUUACAGGUAGAAUAUUAUUAUCCCAGAGGGUUUGCAGGGACCAUAAGCCUUCAAGUGAUUCACGCACUUGAUUUGGGGCAGCAAAUAUGAAGAUCUGUGAAGUCACGUAACCAGGUCCUCUUUUGUAUACUGCAUAGCCAACUUGUAAGUCAUAGGAGAGAAUGAAAAGUUAGAAUAAUGGCAAGGGGAGCUGUACUGCCAAAUUCCAUGCCAAAAUCACUGAAUUAUUGUUUAGUCCCACAAAAAAAGGCAGUUAAUGCACUGCAGAAUAAUGUUAUAGAAAGAAGAUAAAACUAGUCGUCCAAAGCCCAGCACCUUACCUUACUGUGCCAAUAGCCAGCUGCCUGGUUGGGGCACAUCUGGGUCUCAGUUUCCUUAUCUGUCAUGGGGAGCAGACUAGAUGAGUCUCACUCUCUCAUGAAACCAAACCUAUAUUAUCACCCCAGCUCUUCUCAGUCACUCUAAAGAUUUUCACUGUCACCUCUGGGUUCACCUGGCAUGUGUAUGCUAUGUCACUGACCCAAAUAAAGAGGAUUCAUUUUGAAAAAUCAUAGCAUUUUAAGUUAUGGUUCUUCUCCCCCAGUACAUCAUUAGGAUCAUUUCUACAUUUUAGAUUUCAUUGUGGUGAGAGAGUGUAUUGUUUUCUUUGUACUUAUGAGCAGGGGAGACAGUAGCCUGAAGUAGUUACAAGGGUCAUGGCCAUAUCACAUGAGGUGGUCAUCACAUGGGAGGUUACCUGGGCCAUGUCGUUGAUGAGACAGCUGACCUAGAUAUUUAGUCCUCACUCUGUCACUGUCUGGACAAGUCACCUUGAACAACUCCCACCCAAGUUGAAUCUUUUUCACCUGCAAAAUAUCAGAAUUUUACUUGGUGGAUCACAAGAUCCUUUCUAGAUCCAGUAUGUAUAGUUUUAUGGAAAGUUUGUAAUCUCCCAUGACGGCCCCAUUGCAUGAGAUAAGCAAUAUUGGAAGCAAACAUGGGCACAUGAAAUUAGAAGCUUAGCUGUCCAAACUUGACAGCAAUGCAUAUGACUCCAUUGCUGAGGGCUAUGGCUUCACUUUAGGGGUGGCUUUGUUUCUAGAUAGCUGGGAUGGAGAGCAUCCUGAUAAGAGCUGGAGUUUGAUUAGUCAUCUCUUGUACAGGCACACCUCAUUCAGUUCCAGACUACCACUCAAAAGAAAAAUUCACAAUAAAGCUGAUCACAGAAAUAUUCAGUUUCCUGGUGCAUUAAAAAGUAUGUUUUCAUAAUUGAGGUCUGCUUUAAAUGUGCUGUAGCAUCAUGUCUAAAAACUAAAGACCUUAACUUAAAAAUAUUGCUUAAAAAUGUGACAGACAUGAGUGAGGGUAUAAUAUUGGGAAGAUGGCAUCAAUAGAUGCUGGAGGAAGGGGUGCCACAAACCUUCAUUUAAAAAAAAAUGCCAUUAUCUGUGAAGCACAAUAGAGCUGUGCUUGUAUAAGAAUGAACUGCCAGCAUCUAGUUAGAGGUGUCUUGGGUGGCCACAUAAAGAAAUUAAUAGUGAGCAAUCAAGAGAAACCGUGACUCCUAUUUGGGUCUCUGGAUUAGGAUUUCUGUAUUUGAGUUGCAGAAAAGUUUUAUCUCCAACUCUUAGAUUGUAAACAUUUUCCACUUGUCACAGGGGUCAACAAAUUCUUACCAUGGGUUUAUAUAUCUAAAGCAACAAAUGAGAUGUAAGUUUAUUUUGUGAUAGUGUGGAGUUUUCCCCAUUCUGUUCAGUUCUUCUACUCGCACCCAUGUACAGAACUACAGGAGAAGACAUCUAUCUAGACACGGAUUAGGAAUUAAAGUUUAAGAUGGCAGGUUUUUUUUAAGAAGCAGAAGCAGAAAUGUGUGACCAAAGAGUGUUUCUGGAUUGGUUUUGACUUCUUUAGACUAUAGUGGGGAGGGAUUAUAUAGAUUUUCAAAACGUUUUCCCUAAUGAAGGCAUCAAAAAACUCCUGAUAUUAUAAUACCCAACCCAAAAGGUUGACUUAAAAUAGGGUUCUCCUUCAAAAUUCUAUAUUCUUCUUAUCCCUCCUACUGCUUCUUUACUAACUAUGAGAGGUUCUCCUGCUAGAAUAGAAAAUGCAAAAGACCUUGUGACUUUCAGCUGAUUUUUCAAAGGUGAACUAUUCAGCUUCAUAGAAAUUCAUAGGCAUGUGGCUGAACGUGUGUGUGCAUGCACACACAUCAGACUCAUUUGGACAGUUUUAAAAGCUUAACACUAAAUCCCAAGCCUUGUCCUUUGGGGUUUAUAUAGUCACACUCAAAAUCGAAACACUUUCUGGUUUCUGAGUUAUCUGGUCAUACCUCUAGCAAAUUGUUUUUCUUGAAAUUAUGAAAAUGAUUUAGUUAUCCAUGUGUACAUAUUUAAGUCACUUAGAUGAUCUGUAAACUUGGAUGGUAUUUAUUCUAAAAGGAAAAAACAAUUUUAUACUAAAAAGCUAUGUAAUUUAUAACAGUUUUGUUUUAUAUAUUAUAUUUUCAUAUCUUUAGGGCACAUCUAUUCUCAUCUUUUUGUAGAUCAUACUUGGCAAAAAGAAAUACUAAUACUUGACUAAAAUAUCUAGGAACCAAAUGUGAUAUAUAAUGUAUAGAAUUUGCUCUAGAAAUACCCGAAUGUUCUCACCCAUCCCAGCCAUUGUUGUGCUGUGUCCUCUCAUCCAGAAUGACAUGUCUCAGAUGCUUAUGAGAUGUCCUUUUCUCGAAACUAAGCUGAAAUGACCUGACAUCCCACACCAUGAGUUCUGGAAUCCCCUUCUUUACAUAUAUUUUUUAUUAUUUGUUUCAUUUUUAAUUGUAGAUGUUCGUGUUGUUUAGUCAUCACUUUGAAGGGCAAAUGUGAGAUAAAGUAACUUGAUAGAAUGACAGAACAGAACUACACUAUGUAAAUUAUCUAAUGGACUGAUAUGUUUUAAAUGUAAUGUUUGGCUUGUUAUUUAUUGGGGGGCUAGGAUUUGCUCAGGUCUGUAGCACAUGAAGAGAAUGUAAGGCACAGAAUAUUUGCAUGUUUUGAAAAGUCGCUCUCUAAUUACAGAGAAAAUGUAGCCAGCACAAAUCAGCUGAACUACAGAAACACACAUCCCAGCCACUGGAGGAACUGUAUCAGAAAGGCAGGUCAGACACCUUUUCUUCACAAAUUGAAAUGCAGUAUUGUGGCAGUGCUAAAACUCUUAAGAUGACAGCACCUAUGGUUCUGUCACAGAUUUCCUCACAGUGUUUCCUUUGGAGCAUUUAACUCACCUUCCAGACACUGUUUCAUACUCUGCACCUUUCAAUUUCUACCCUAUAUCUAUCUCCACAUGCCCAUUGGCAGUCCCUAAAGAUGAUAACCCCUGUUUCUGUUCUUGCUUUUGAACUAACUUGCUGGUACUCUUUAAACAUCUACCUAAUUUCUUGUAUAUUUACACACAUAUUUUAAGCACCAAUUAUCUUCCAGAUAAUUUUUACAUUCACCUAUUCAUUUAAAACUCCUUCAGUAGGUAGUAAGUUCACUUUCUUUCUCUUUCCUAAUGACUUUUUUUUGUUUUUUUACAGUGAUUAAUCAGGUUUGGAUUAAGCAAAUCAGUAGUGGGCAAAAAAUAAGACUGAAUUACUUAAUAUGUUUUCCAACAAACCAAGUGUUUGUCUGUUCUACAAGAAAAUAUCAUAUGGUGAUAAUGAUAUGUAAGAACUUUUUCAGACAUGUCAUUUUAAAGGAGCUAAUGAUAGAGAAUGUAAAAAUAGAAAGCAAAUAGUUCUAAGAAUAUUCCAGCAUAAAUUAUUUUUAUUUAACCAGUAAUAAAAAACUGCAAAUGUAUCUCUCAGACACCACAGAGCUGCUUACAGUGAGUUAGGAUCAAAGAAGCUGCUUGUACUUAUGUUUGGUUCGCUGUAUCCCUAGCUCUGGAUGUCCUUUGUUAAAAUCGGAAAAUACUACAGAAAAUAAAGUAUCUGGGUACAAAUGGCAGGCUGGUGAUUUUGUGAACUAUAAUUGUUCACUUUUUAAAAUUUGAAGAUGUAAACAUGACUAUCUUUAAGUUAAUGUUGUAGCAAAAAGCAAAAGAAAACAUGUGAUCCAUCCUGUAUUCCAAAUGUUGCUUUAAUAAAGAGUGUACGGAACGUUUAUCAUGACCCACCUGCAGAGUAUGUCACUGUGAACUGAUUUACUCCUUCCAAUUCUUAAUCCUACUUUUUUGCAUCUGCAGCAUAUCUUUGGGAUGGGGGGAAGGGAAAUAAUUCUUAUGUAAAACUACAAAAUUUAUCCCAAUACUGAUAUUUACCUUUGUCCUCACAAACUUUACAACAGCUUAUUUUUAUCUAUAUCAAAUAAUUUUUAAAAUAUAGCAUCAAGCUUACAGAAGAGGAAAACAAAGACCAAGAAAUACACACCCCCAGAACAUUCCAGAGGGAGAAGCCUUAAGUAAUAGAUCUGCCAUGAAAUGCCUAGACAGCACCAAAUUUAGACCAAAUCCAAGAAAUGGCUAUGUAAUUCCUUUGACCAUCAGUCAAGUUUGGAAACUGAAAUCUCACAGAAAAUGAGAUGUGAGGCAUGUAAGUGA